GUUUGUAUUUUGUAAUAGUAAUUAGUCAUUGGGUCUCUCUCAAACUCUUUUUUUAUUCCGUAUAUAUAAAACACUUUACUGAAUUAUAUUAAUCUUUUUUUUGGUUGCAUAGAACAUAAUUUUCUGGCUAUCUGAGUUGAGCUUCAACCUUGUUAACUUUCUGUUUAGUUGGCGGUUGAGCAGCCGUGUUCGGUAUCCGAAAGACAUAAAUGGAUAAGCGUAGUAAAGGUAUGUCGUGGCUGGGUCGUAUGUACAGCAAAUUUGAAGAUACUGUUGAAUCUAUGUGCUUAGGGGUGGAGGAUAUCUUGCAGCAGCAGCAGGAAGGAUUGGAGUACGUCGAGAACAAGUUGCAGACAGUGCGUGCCAACGUCAAGCAAAUUUGCUCAGAGAUUGUACAAGAGAUUCUCCCUAUCUCUGAAAAUUCAGUGGAAACUGAAUACUCUCUAGCACAAGAAAGUGAUGAUUCCGAAGAAAAUGAGGAAAAGCAGUUUCAGCUUCUUACAUUCAAUAGUGUCGCUGUCACUUCAGAUAAGAAAAUUCCCGUUCUGCCAGCGUUGUCCGCAAUCUCAGAGGACAUACUAAAGAAUAGCUUCUAUAACGAAAAACAACCUAAGCUUGAAAUAUCGAUCAGCGACACUUCAAACAACGAAUAUCCAAGUUCUUCAAUAUCAUCCACAACCUCAGAAGACAUACAAGAUAGUAGCUUUUAUAAGGACGAGCAACUUCAGCUUGAGAUGUUACAUUAUAUCACUUCAGACGAUGAAAAUCUAAGUUCGUCGGUAUCUUCUCUAACCCUAUAUAAUCAACUAGAGUUAUCUUCGCUACACCCAGAUGAUCUACUAGAGUAUUUCAGAAAGAAGUUCCCUUUGGGCUAUCAAUCUUCAGAUUCUGUCAGUUCGCUUCAAUCUUCAGAUUCUGUCAAUUUGCUUCGUUCUUCAGAUUCUGUUAAUUCGCUUCAAUCUUUUCAAAGUGCGUUCUGGGGUUCAGAAGAUGACCAUAGUGAUGUUUCAGAUGAAUUAGUUGAAAAAUCAGACAAAUCUAUUGAUGAGACGAAGCUUGAUGAAAGCUGGAUUGUAGGAGAUAGUAGUGAGCUUUCGUUCGAGGAGGAAAAACUCGCAGCUUUGACCGCGAAAGAGGCGUAUGACAAUGAGCAUGCUGCUGCUUGUCGGGAAUUUGAAUCCUCUGAAAAUGAAGGGGAGGGACAUGAUGAAUGCGAAUCCGGGGAGGGACAUGAUGAAUGCGAAUCCGGAGAGGGCCAUUAUGAAUGCGAAUGCGGGGAGGGACAUGAUGAGCGUAAAUCUGGAGAGGGCCAUAAUGAAUGCGACUGCGGGGAGGGACAUGAUGAAUGCGAAUCCGGAGAGGGCCAUAAUGAAUGUGACUGCGGGGAGGGCCAUGAUGAAUGUGAAUCCGAGGAGGGCCAUGAUGAAUGCGAGUCCGAGGAGGGCCAUGAUGAAUCCAGGGAGGGCCAUGAAGAAUGCGAAUCCGACGAGGGCCAUGAUGAAUCCGAAUCUGAUUGGGUCAUUGUCUAAGAUGAAAUCUGUGGCACUCUGGCAGUUCAGUAUGCAAAAUAUAAACUGAGAGGAUGAAGAUAAAGGUUUUGUUCGUUGCUUGUUAGUGUGAUUUUGUUCAGAGAUAUUUAGAUAAACUAAUUUUUGUGAGGCCGAGUGUGUGUACUCAAGUACUAAAACUGUUUUUUUUUCAAAUACUUUGCAUAGAUUUCAUUAAACUUCAAAGAAAUUCACUUUUGUUGA